AUGACGGGUCGCGAAUCCAAUCGCAUUAAAGAUGCUGAGAAGAAGCGUGUUCUGGAUGUCACCGCUCGCCAGAGACGUGCGCGCAAAGCUCUGGAGGCCUUGGAGCAGGAUAAUUUCCACGAUGACCCGCACGCCGACCUGGUCAUGUCGAAGAAGUUGCCGAAAUUCCAGGACAAUUUGAAAACGGGCAAGGAGAAGAAGGGCAAGCGCAAGGGCGCCGAGUAUUUUCGCGCCAAAUAUCGAAAGAACUUCCAGCAGCUCCUCGAGGAGGACAAGGACCAGCGGCCCAACUAUGAGAGCGCCUCUGCUCCGGCUCCCCAGAAGCCCAUCCGGCAUUUCUGUGCCGUCUGCGGCAACUUCUCGCUGUACUCGUGCACCGCCUGCGGAACGCGAUACUGCCGCGUGCGGUGCCUCAAAACGCACCAGGACACGCGAUGCCUCAAGUGGACCGCCUAGAAAUGGUUGUAAUGUUAACAAUAAAUCAAAGCCUAGAAAUUA